AUGGGUGCCAAUAACUACUCGCCAUACCGCCAGGACUCGGACUCUGACUCGUCCGAAGAAGCAAUUGUCAGAUAUGGAGGAUACCAACACUCCGAAUCUCGAUAUGAAGACUUCGAGAUGUGGAAUUUAUCCUGCGCAGAUGCCGAACCCGGCUGGUCAGACACCGAAGAAGGACGAAGAAGUCUUGGACGACCCCCUAAGGCAGGUAGGAAAGAGGAGAAGGCCAAAAAGGCAGAAGCGUCCCGCCAGAGAGCUCUCGAGCAAGCGGCCAAACAGCGAAAGACAGAAGCCGAAGACCGUGCCAGAGCCGCUGCUUCCAGAGAGGCAGAACUCAUCCGACAAAUGGCUGCUACCCAACAGGCAACCAGACUGGCUGCCGAAGCCAAUCAAAGAGAGGAGGCUGCCAGAGAGGCAGACGCACUACGACGAAGAGCCAUGGAACAAGCAGCCGAAUUGCGUAAGAGGGAAGCUGAAAAAUGGUCCCGGGAGGCCGCCAUUGUGAUGGCUGAGGUAGCAGCUAGAAUCAGAGCUGACAUGGAGUCGGAGAAAAGAAAUAAGGAAGCUGAGAAGGCCGUGGUACAAGAAAAAAUCAAUGAGGAGCGAAGAAAGGAAGACGAGCACAGAAAGAAGAGAGAAGCCAGGGCGGCGUUGGCAAGAAAGGUGAUCGAGGAGGAGAGGAGACAAAGAGAAAAGUACAUCAAGGAGUGGAAAGCUGAGCAAGAUCUGGCAAAGAAGAAGGCUGAUGAAGAGAGAAGAAAGAAGGAAGAAGCCGAAAAAGCUGUCGAAAUCGCCUUGAGACCAUUCGAAGCAGGAAGAAGAAAGAAGCUGGCUGGACAAGAAGAGCUGAGAAGGCAAGAAGAAGAAGCCGACCUAGCUGAAGUUAGGAAGCGGUCUUUGCAGGAGUGGGAAGUAAACCGGGAAAAGACGGCCGAGGAAGCUGUAACUGCAGAGCCACGUGCAAAGGAAGAAGAAGCGAAUCGAGCCGAAUCGACUGAAACACACUCGGACGACGAAUGGGGGAAGCAGGUAGCUAAGAGAGCUGCUCUUCGAGCCGAAGACGCCCAGAGAAUGACAGACGAGAAGACUGCACGGAACUGGAGACGAAACGCCGCCAACAGAUCUCUCCACGACACUCUCGACAACGCCGAUAUCGAAAAGACCGACCGCGAUGAGAAGUAUGCCCUCUCGAGAAAGGACAUCACUUAUGACCUCGACGAGAUCAAGACUGUCCUGGAGUUGCUCGCUGACAAGAUGAGAUCUGAUGCUCUCCAGGAUCAAUUAUUCUUGACUCAACGUGCAUCUGACCAGCAGGAGACGACUCCACCUUACGAUCUGGGUGGAGAACGAACGCCCACAGUCAGGGUACUGACAGCCAGAGAUCACAGAAGAGAGUAUGCCGCUGAUCAAGCAAGGCGUGACGAUUAUGAUCUUCUGAUCUUACGUGAUGAAGAGUAUCGAGUUACUGCCAUGGAUCAACUAUGGCAUAGACGAUCUAAACCAGCUGGCUGGUCUAGAGACUGUAACAUGAUCUAG